CGGCUCUCCAUAAACGAGAAAGACCACACUCAUCAUGGCAAACGUCGUGAACUCAACCGCUGCCAAGUUGCAUAUUUCUCCCACUCUGGAGAUAAAUGAACUAGUAUCAAAGGCCCGAGAACAAGGCAAACAUGUCAUUCAUUUGGGCUUUGGCGAGGCCACAUUUCCCAUCCAGCAAGACGUUCUUCAGGCCCAUCAGGACGCCUCUAAUGAAACUAGCUACAUGCCGGUAGCCGGUAUAGAGAAUUUACGAGCGUCAAUUGCGAGCUUCAACGCCGAUCGUCUCGGCGUGAAGAUCAGUCCUGAUCAGGUGGUGGUUGCUCCCGGAUCGAAGCCCUUACUUUUUGGUUUAUUCGAUAUACUUGAUGGGGCUGUCUUACUCCCUCGUCCCUCGUGGGUUAGUUAUGAACCACAGGUGUUACAUGCCAGGAAAAGGCUUUUUUGGGUUGAGACGGAUCCUGUCGAUCGUCAUACCAUUACCGAGUCAUCUCUUCUCUCCGCACAUCAGAAAGCAAUCUCAGAGGGAGUUAUUCCCCGCAUUAUGCUGAUCAACAGCCCAUCAAACCCGACAGGACAUGUCUUCUCCGCCAGCUGCAUUCGAACGAUCAAAGAGUUUUGCAGAUCGAAGGAGAUAGUUCUAAUUACAGAUGAAAUUUAUUCUGAUAUUUGCUUCGAUGAGUCUCAGAAAGGGACAAGCGCGUUUGACAGCAGCAAUGAUGAUACCGAAACGGUGAUUCUCACCGGUGGACUAUCCAAGACAUACUCGGCUGGAGGCUGGCGUAUCGGCUAUGCCAUUUUUCCACCUUCGGAAAAGGGGGAGAUUAUCCGCAAGACAAUCCUCGCAUAUGCUUCCGAAUGCUGGUCUGCAGCCUCCACACCAGCCCAACUGGCAUCCAUCAAGGCUUUCUCUACGAGUGAAGCCAUGUGUUCAUACCGCAAGUCUGUGACUGCCUUGCAUCGGUACUGUACUGGGAAACUUUAUUCUGCUCUCAAAGAACUCGGACUGGAUGUCGGACAGCCUGGGGGUGGCUUUUACGUCUACCCAUCCUUCUCUCCAUAUGCAGCACAGCUAGAUAAACUCGGGAUUUCUACUAGUGCAGAUCUUUCGGCCUGGCUAAUACGAGAAUGUGGACUGGCCACCUUACCAGGCUCCGCUUUUGGUGAGGACGAUGAUGGCCCUUUGCAUGGACGGUUCCGACUGCGGAUGUCCACCAGCUACUUAUAUUUCCAAAGUGAGAUUGAGCGAUACGAGAAAGGAUACGCCCUCCUAGAGAGCUGUGCCUCUGGGAAAGAUAUUCAGCUCCCUUAUUUGGAAGAGGCGAUCGAGGCCUUGGAGAAUGCCGUGCAAAAGUUGAAGAGCGUCAGGCUCUAAUACCACAUAUCCCCUCGCCUUUGCGCUUGAAAUAAGAUCGGCCGCAAUACCAAAC